ACUUCUCCGUCUUUGCUGCACAGUGCUUCUUUUCACCUGCAAGCCUGUCUCUCCUUUAGUAUUAAUUACUAACACUAUUCCACCUGGGACUCCACCCUGGUCAAAACCUUUUUCAUUUCCUGUGGGGCGAACUGUCACUGGACUUGAAAAGAAACUAAAGACUGUAAUCAAAAGGGACCAUACUCCGUUUCGAUUUUGACCCUUUUUCAUUUGUCUUUCUGCAACUCCUGUGACAUUUUUCUGAGCCAUGACUGAGCAGACCAAAGAGUUCAACGGAGCCCCAUCAGCGCCUGGGGCGCCAUUCCGUCCCCACUACUCCCGGGACACAUUCUGGUCCCCACUCCGGAACUGGGGGCAGAACCCCAGCCCCAGUCGCCUGCUCCCCAACCAGGAAUUCGGCAUGCCACCUUUCCUGGAGGUCAGGGACCUCCGUGAAAUUUGCUGGAUUGAUAAAAUCUACAGACACCUGGCAGCCAGCUCCUGGCCUGGGUACAUCCCCUCUCUCCCCAUUCUGAUGCCCUCCGACGUGGCUUCUGCCUCCUCCGUGCAGCAGUCGGGCCCCAGACUGAGCAGGGCUGAGUCCGCAGGGCUGCAGGGUGUGUCGGAGGUCAGGAUGGACGGCUACAAAUGGAGGAUCAGCCUGGACGUCAGUCACUUCUCCCCCACAGAGAUCACUCUCAGAACCCUGGGAGGAUUCCUGGAAAUCAAAGGGAAACACGAAGAGCGGCCAGACGAGCAAGGCUUUAUUACCAGAUGCUUCACCAGGAAAUACACGCUCCCAAUAGGUAUUGAUCUUCAGACCAUCCGCUCUUCUCUUUAUGGAGAUGGCAUCCUGACUGUAGAGGCUUCACUUCCUGAUCCCAGCAUCCCCGCUAAUGUCAACAUUUCAAUUCAGGUUGAGAAGGAGACCUUUAAACUAGAGGGUGAGGAGGGCGGUGCCAUGGCAGAAGAGACCACUGAAACAGAAGAUACCACCGAAGAAGACAGUGAGACAUUUGACCCCCAGCCAUCUGCUCCUGCCGCUGCUGUGGCCCCUGUGCCCCUGGAGGCCCCGGACCUCCCCUCCACGGAACCUGGCAUGCAACCCCCCGAAGAGGCACCCGAGCCCACCAACGAGGUCCCACGCAGAGUCCCUGGAGAAGAGGCUCACCCAGAGUCUCAUCCUGACACCUCUGCAGCCAUAUCGUAUAGUCAAGAGAAGUUGCAAGAAGAAAUGGACAAGAGGACUCCUACAGAACAGGAUGGGGGGACAGAGAGCCAUCCCUCCUUGUCCGGUGACGACGCCAGGGAAGUAGAAGGUCUUCCCAGUCCCACGGAGACCUUUGAGCACCUGGAGACCUCCGAAAGCACUGACACAGUACCGUCUGACCAGGGGGAACACGAAGAGCAGGCCCAUGACCUCAGCAGAGAGCUCCAGCACAUUGGGGGAACAGGGGAGGUAGAGGAUCUCCCCCUGCUCCCCCAGGAGGCCCAACCAGGGAUAAGUGCACCAGAAGGCGGGGCCCAAACCAAAGAGCUGGAGGUCCCUGAGCAAACUGACGUGGAACAACAGGAACACGUCAAGUAAACAAGUGAAAGAGUCAUGGAGAACAUGUUAUCAUCCCAUCAGGCAUUCCCUACAAAUCAACACCCAUCGCAUUGCGCCUACAUUCUGCAGACAUCCAUCUUAUGAUGACUAGCCUGGUUUUAGGGGUCUCGAUGUGUUCUGCCCACUGCCGAUAAUGACCAAAGGGAGUUGGCAAGACAGCACAAACCUAUCCUACUUCCUCAUCAGCUAGCAGCGAAAGCUUUCAUAACUUCAUUCUCACAGACUUUUUGCAAGUGAACAGCCAGAUACUUACACUGUAAUCAUGCAACGUUUGGAGCUCCAAUAAACCAAUAGCAAAUUAAAAUGAAAAA